AUGGCUACUUGCGGCGAAGAUGACUACCAGCAAAGGAUUGAUCCAGCCUUGAGGAGCUGCCAGAUGCCCACUUCACUCAGCACUCCACCCCCCACACCCUCCUCGAAGAAUGUGCCUGCUGAAUAUCAUCCGCAACAAGAAGGCGAUGGACCCGAGAAGCUUCCUCCCCCAAAUCCCAACAGCUCCGACAAUAUCCACCAGCAACACCCCCCAGCCCACCAUGACUCGCAACCCCCCAUCCGGCCAAUCAGGACGAGCUUAGCGCCUAUUCAGACAAAUCACCACCGAUCCAGCUCUUAUACUGCUUCUACUUCUUCCUCCCAAGGCUCUUCCUCUGGCAGCAAUCCGUCCAACAUACCUUCUUCCGUCCGGCCAACCACGUAUAUCCCCAGGCACCUGUCAGCUCCUCGGACUAGGCCAACCCCCAGCACUUCUCUCCAAGACCUGCAUUCUCCAGCCAAGCAUCCCUACUCACUGCCAAUCCCUACCAGUUAUCUUCAAAAUUCUCUCAAGAGUCCGGCUUCUUUUUCGACUGACCAUCAAACAAUCCCCACAACGGCAAGCCAAGACUCCGGAGGGAAAGAGUUCAUUAGCCACACCUACGGAGGCAAAAGCAACACCACCAGUCCCAACAAUGCGCUAGAGUUCGGUGAGCAGUGGAUGCUCAACCACCAGCAUGGGCCAAGCGAGGAGGACGCGAAGCCGAUCGACAAGAUCUCUGCGGAGCUAGAUUACUCCUUCAAGCGCCUAAUCAACCUGGAUGUCUUCCGACAAGUGCUCGAGGAUCCUGCGAGUAGACGCGCUUUCCGUCAAGCUAUCAUCCAGGGCCUCUCUUUUUCUUCCACCCCCUCAACUCUCUCUCUCACUAAGCUUGACCUCUGGUUGGACUGCAGAGGCGUGAACCAGAUCCUCAACCUCUUGAAGAUCGGCACAAACGGAUUGAUUGAUGUAUAUCUAAGGGACGCGGACUCGCGCCAAGCCUUGAACGCGAUCUUGCCCGAGCCAAGCGUCGGAGGGAUCCCCAGCAGCCUCCUGAAAUCGAUCAACCGGCUGAAGCUUCUUGAAAACGAGGAAGAAAACGACUAUGGAACUGCCACCACGGACGAGCAAGCGGAAAUGGCGGACGAGUUUGACCAGCCUCAGGGGAUCGGCCUGAAGGCUGUCGAGAAUCGGCUCUUGAUGUCCCUCUACCGAAACGAGUUCCCCCUGUUUAUCAAACAGAAUUUGGUCUCCACUGUCGUCGUCAAAUUGGGAAAGUUCAACCUCAACGAGACUGAUCGAGAUGGAUUAGGUGAUUGCUUUUGCUUGACGAAUCCGAGAUUGAGAGAUCACCCCAUCGUCCUCGUUUCUGAAGGCUUUACCAAAGUGACUGGGUAUGAACGUGACGCAAUUGUUGGCAAAAACUGCCGGUUUCUUCAGGGACCUGGGACUUCCCCGGAGAGCGUCCAGAGAAUUCGGGACGGGUUGAACUCUGGAGAAGGAUGCACUGAAUUGUUGCUAAAUUAUCGGAAGGACGGCACGCCGUUCUACUGUUUACUAUGCAUCAUUCCCUUUCGGGACGUAACUGGGGCCUUGAUAUACUUUAUUGGGGGCCAGAUUAAUGUAACAGGAAUGCUUUCAGACAAGCAAAGCCUAUCAUUUCUGAUGGGCAACAGCGACCCCAACGGCCAUGCGCUAGCCCGAAGUUCGGCCCGAAGUGCAGGUCGAAGCGCUGAUGACUUACUGGACCACGUGGGGUUAAGCCGGCAUUCAUUUUCGCCGACGAUGCAACAGUUUGCUUUAACUGGACGCAUGACCUCGAGCGGCUCGGAACAAACCUCGUCCUCGAAAGGAGAAAAUGUCGAGGGCAGCGAUGCCCGAGGCAACACAACGGGAGGAGAGUAUCAUGCCGCUGGCUCGAUCAUCAUGGAUGGCUUCGAGCCCACCCCCGCCAAAGAAAACCCCACGCUUCGCACCGGAGGUCCUAUGGGUUUCUUUCGUCGUUUAGCCGGCUUCAACCAUUGCGAACCUCAUGCGAACUUUGCCCAGCCCUACCCUCCCACCUCUUCUUCCAAAAAGGCUAGUCAGAAACUGAUCGGUGCCGAGGCACUCUUCCACGAGCCCAAACCGUUAUCAGACCAGAUCAAAAGUUUCGAGUCCACCUAUUCACAUCUGCUAGUCUUUCAACGCGACUCUCGACGUGUGAUCUUUGCGACCAAAGAAGUGAUCAAUCUGUUUGGACUGACGCACUCGACUACGAAAGAGAUCUACAAAUCGAAACUGAUCCAGAUCGAUUUCUUGGAAUUGGUCUGGCCGCUGACGCCCACCAUCAAAGAGAGUGUGGCGAAUCUUCGUGCUCAUUUGAAAAAGAUCAUCAAGACUGGCUUGCCCAUCAGUGUAGACUGUCAAGUCAAGUCAAUCGAAAGAGGGUUCUUCUCAUCAAUAACCAGGGAAGAAGAUUUAUCUAAAUUGGUACUGACUAAGAUCCACCUAACUCCUUUAAUGGACAAGGACGGAAAAUCAGUUGCCUAUGUCUGCUUAUUUGGAUAG